UCAGCUCUCCCAACAGUCUCCGACCCAGACCUCCCGCAUCUAACCCCUUCCCAGAACGUCCACAUGACCCAAAUCAGCCAGAAAGCAGUCACUCCGCGGCAAGCCACCGCCACCGGCCUGGUCUAUUUCUCCAACUUACGCCCAUGGGAACUUCUCCGAGAGGGGCAAGGCACGCACAAGGGUGAUGUGUAUAGUGUCGCUCGUAUUGCGGGAAUCAUGGCUGCUAAACGAACUCCGGAUGUGGUCCCGCUUUGUCACCCGGGCAUCGGGAUCACGGGCGUUGAAGUGGACGUGAAGCUGCUUCAGCCGACGACAAAUGGUGACGAUGCGAUGAAGUACGGUGCCAUGUCUGUGAAGGCAACUGUUGGCUGUCUAGGCCGCACAGGAGUUGAGAUGGAAGCUAUGACAGCGACAAUGGGAGCUGCUUUGACGGUGUACGACAUGCUCAAAGCCGUGGAUAAGGGGAUGGUCAUUCGAGGAGUGCAACUGGAGGAAAAAAAGGGGGGGAAGAGCGGACAUUGGGUGCGAGAGCGAGAGAUUGGCCAUUAG